GGUUUUCUUUCUCAAAGCUGUCUCAAUGGGUGCUGACGAUAUGGCGCAGCCCAGGCGUCUUUCGGACUGUUGUGUGACUGCAAGCGACGUAAAUGUAAGCACGUUCGUGCUGUGCUUCAUGACCAUUGCGUCUUUCGUUAACAUGUCGUGGUGACAGGGAGUGGAAUUAACCUGACAAUGAUCCGUGUGUUCGUGCCCUCUUACCGCCCAGUGGACGCCCCGAACGGGCGUCAACACGUCGUGUACUGCGUCGAAGUGACCGUGUCGGGCGUCUGUCACCGGCUGGAGCGCAGGUACAGCACGUUCCAUGCCCUCCACAAAAAAGUUAAGCGCAUGCUCGGAAGCCAGGCGCCCUCAGGGUUUCCCCCUAAGCGUCUCCGCGGUCUCAACCCCAAGCUCCUGGAACAGCGACGCGCGGCGCUCGAGCGCUACCUCCAAGACUUGGUCCGCAUUCCGGCCCUCUCGUCGCAGCUGCUGUCGUUCCUCGAAGUGCCUACGCCACUCUCGCCCGCGGCGAGCAAUGGUUCUGUCGAGAGUGAUGACCAAGAGUUCAAACCGUUGCACCAGCCUGUCCUGGGUUUCCCCAAAGACCCCUAUUUGGACACAUCCAGCAGUGACUCACUUCCGGAUAUUGUCAUGCAAGGUGUCAUGACUGGCCUGUUUGGCUACGACUACGACGAUUAGAGAAGUUACGCGCCGUAUCGAUUUCAUCCUAUAUGCACGCCCUCGCCGUCAGCACGCCCAGUUAAUGAUCAGGUGCCGUUCGAAGUUUGUUGCUGACGAUGCAUUACCACGUAGGUAUGAGAAGCGAACACUGCUUGCGCGUAACUACUCUAAUUUACUAUGUGCCAUCGUGGUGUAGCCGGGUGCUAUGUAGCCCGGUUCCACUAGCCUCAACAAGCGAGUGUUUUGAAUGAUUCCCCACCGGUGUCAUGCGCACUGGUCAGUAGGUUGAGUUUGUUAUCUCGUUUCGCACAGGCGUCAUACUAGUACAGUCGCUCUACGUCGCUUUUCCUCGUCGGCUUCGGCCAGUUGUCACCUUUGCGGCCCGUCAUUCUUUUUAAGACAGGUAGCACGCGAUCACGAAUUUUACAGAUUUGCAGAGUCACAGUUUUGUUGUUGCGAUACCUCAGGUGAAGCCAGAAGCGUACUUUUAUUCUUUGAUAGUGUAGGCGCACAUUUCAGUUGCCUUUUUCUUUGCUUUCUGCAUGCCCCUGUCAAGCCUCUACACCCAUUUACAACAAUUGCAGGGUGCGUAGUAUCGAAAUAUUUUCCAUAUACCUCAGUUGGUAGCUGUAUUACAGUUUUGUGUUGUUUACAGAAUGUUUUCUUGCUUUAUUGUUACAUUAACAUUAUUAUUCAAGUUUAAAACUAUCAUAUGUUGUGUAACAAUAUGCAAGCAUUUAGCCGAUGCAAGUUACAAGUGCUUUUGCCUUUUCAAAUAAAUUUGCAUUAAAAUCUG